CCGUUAGUUCCGUUGUCCCUUCCACCCUACCCCCCCGCUCCUCCUGACCUCCCCGGCGGCCGCCGUCUCCGCCCCUGCAGCGUCCAGCUCCAGCAACCGAGCACCGUCGGCGCUCAACCCACUCCUCUCUCAAAUAAAAAAUGGGACAAUUUUUACUUCAUGGAUGGAAGCUGAUCUCAAGGGGUUUUUCUUCUUUGACUCCACACCCUCUCCGUGUCUGCAUUGUUGGUAGUGGCCCUGCUGGGUUUUACACUGCUGAAAAGAUGUUGAAGGCUCAUGAAGGAGCGGAGGUUGAUAUCCUAGACCGGUUGCCAACACCAUUUGGAUUAGUUCGUUCAGGUGUGGCACCAGAUCAUCCAGAAACAAAGAUAGUAGUAAACCAAUUCUCUCGCGUUGCUGCAAAUGAGAGGUGCUCAUUCUUUGGAAAUGUAAAACUUGGAACUACUGUUUCUCUCUCUGAUCUUCGUGAGAUGUAUGAUGUGACCGUGCUUGCUUAUGGUGCUGAAAGUGACAGAUAUCUUGGUGUGCCAGGAGAAGAUUUGGGAGGGAUAUACUCAGCUAGAGAGUUCGUAUGGUGGUAUAAUGGGCAUCCGGACUGCUCUAACAUGGCACCUGACUUGAAAAGCACAGAUACAGCUGUAGUCCUCGGUCAGGGUAAUGUAGCUCUUGAUGUUGCUCGUAUUCUUUUGCGACCUAUAAACGAACUGGAAACAACAGAUAUCGCUGAGCAUGCUUUAACUUCCCUUCGUGAGAGCACCAUAAGGAAGGUGUACUUGGUUGGGAGAAGAGGCCCAGUGCAGGCAGCUUGCACUGCAAAGGAACUUCGUGAAAUUCUUGGUGUCAAAGAUCUGCAUAUUCACAUCCAGAAAGCUGACCUAGCGACAUCGCCGGCUGAUGAGGAAGAAUUAAAGAAAAGUAGAAUACAACGAAGAGUUUAUGAGUUACUCUCCAAAGCAGCAACUUCCCAUCAACAACAUGAUAUUGUUGGCCAGCGAGAACUCCACUUCAUGUUCUUCAGAAAACCUGACAGAUUUUUGCCUUCAGAGAGUGGUGACACUGUUAGCCGUGUGCGCCUUGAGAAGACAUGUUUGAAAGAAAAUGGUGCUUCUGGCAAACAGGUGGCAGUAGGAACGGGACAGUUUGAAGAUCUCAAAUGUGGGCUGGUGUUGAAAAGCAUUGGUUACAAGUCAGUACCAGUUGAUGGAUUACCUUUUGAUGAAUAUAGGGGUGUAGUUCCUAACAUGAAAGGCAGGGUUCUAAGCUGGGAUCAGGCAGGGCAUGCAAUUGUUGAGCAAGGCUUGUAUGUUGCUGGUUGGUUGAAAAGAGGACCAACAGGGAUCAUUGCUACAAAUCUAUACUGUGCUGAAGAAACUGUUGCAAGUAUCUUGGAAGAUUUCAAGAAUGGGUUAUUGACGCCGGCUUCAGGCUCGCCCAAACCAGGCAGACGGGGGCUCCUCCAGGCUCUAGAACAUAAGAAUGUCAGAUUUGUGCCGUUCAGUGGAUGGGAAAAGAUAGACUCGAAAGAAAGGAUGGAGGGUAAACUGAGAAACAAACCGAGAAAGAAGAUCACAACAUGGGAAGAGCUGCUUCCGGCUGUGGAUGGAUGAUGGGAAGAGAGAUAUCGAAUCGAUUUUUUUUCAAGGUUUUCGAAACGAAGCACAUGCUGCAGAAUACUGGCUGAAACACAUGGGCCUCAGCACAAUGCUGGAAAAAAGAAUCAAAUUUUUAUAGUAGGCCGUUUGUUAAAGUUUUUUUGAUCCCCCCCCCCCCCCCCCCCCCCCUCCUCCUCAAUUUUUUGGUUUGAUGGCCUACACAGUAGGGAGUCAUCCCUGGACGAGAGGUUACAUGAGUUGGGCAAAUAAGCCGAACGUAAAGGCUAUUUACUCAAGCUUCAUCGAUAUUUGCUUCAUUUAUCAGGUGACCUCAACAUACUAGAGAUUGAUUCUUGUAGAAUUAAUAGAAUAUUGAAUGCUUGUUCAUUUGACCUUAAUUUAAUCCUAAAUUCCUCAGAUUGCA